AUGAAAUGGAUACUUAAUAAUUUAAAUCAUAUCAAAAAAUUUAAACUUCAUCUUCAAAUUUAUAGUGUAUGUUUAUCCUCAGAUGGAACGAUUAAGAACUAUGUUGUUGAUUCACAUUUUAUACGUCAAUAUUGUAUGUCUGAUGUUCCAAUCAAUAUAACAGAUUUUCAAUUUUACAUUGUUUCCGAAUGUAAAUUAUUGUCGAAGAACAUUGAAAAAAUAAUAAAUUCAUUUAAAACUCAUCAAUUUUUUAUUGAUCAUCAAUGGGCAAAUAUAUCUUGUUUCUAUGAUCCACUUAUGUCAUAUCAACAUCUUUCUUCUUCUACUGUUAAUACACUGCAAUUUAUGAACGGAUUACAUUUUGAGGCAAAUAUUUUUACAUGGCCACAUAUUCAAGAUAUUUCUAUUGGUUUGCAUCCAUCUCUUUAUUUAUUUCUUGAACGACUAAAUGAAAGUAUAUCCUAA